AUGAAGAGCAGUAUCAUUUUCUCGCUUUGUGCUCUAGCUGCUGGGGCUCACGCGCAAUCAAGAUCAGGACGCGGUAGCAAGGGCUGUUCCGGUAACAACACACCCAGAAGACCAGCACAAAACGAGACUACAAACAACCCACCAGUUGUCAACGCGCCUCUGAGGCCAGCGGCACCAAAUGACACCAGUAGCAAUCCCCCAGGCAGCGUCCCCGGUCUCUCCACAACCCUGCCAGCGUCAACGGGAACGGUACAAGAGUCAGCUGCGAUCCAGGUCUCAGGGUCGUUCGACGGCGCAAUGCAGAUGUACGAGCGGUCGCCAAGCGUCUGCUCGGGCGGCGAGUCGGGUCAAGACGCAGCCAUGUUCAUCCUGGCGGACGGGGCGACGCUGUCAAACGUGAUUAUCGGGGAGGGGCAGGCCGAGGGCGUGCAGUGCCAGGGGACCUGCACGCUCAACAACGUGUGGUUCUCGACGGUGUGCGAGGACGCCAUUACAUUCCGACAGGACUCGGGUGAUAGCUACAUCAACGGCGGCGGGGCUUUUGGCGCCUCCGACAAGAUCGUGCAGUUCAACGGGCGCGGCACUGUGCACAUCUCCAAUUUCUACGCCGAGAACUACGGCAAGCUGGCGAGGAGCUGUGGGAACUGCGACAACAACGGCGGCCCCAGGGAGUUUGUCAUCGAGGGCGUGCAGGCUGUCAAUGGUGGAGAGCUCUGCGGCGUGAAUGAGAACUUUGGUGAUACGUGUACCAUCAUUGAUUCCUGCCAGGCGGAGGGUAAUGCUUGUUCGAUUUGGCAGGCUACUGAUGGCGGUGGGGAGCCGACCAAGACGUCUGAAGAGCCUGACGGGACGGUGUGCAUUGCGCAGAGUUUCCAAGCGACCUGCUGA